AUGGCCGGGGAGAAGAAGCAGGGCCUGCAGCUGCUGGACUUCUGGGUGAGCCCAUUCGGGCAGCGCUGCCGGAUCGCGCUGGACGAGAAGGGCCUCUCCUACGAGUACCUAGAGCAGGACCUGGCGAACAAGAGCGAGCUCCUGCUCCGCGCCAACCCGGUGCACAAGAAGAUCCCCGUGCUGCUCCACGCCGGCCGCCCCGUCUGCGAGUCCCUCAUCAUCGUGCAGUACCUGGACGAGGCGUUCCCGGCGACGCCGGCGCUGCUCCCCGCCGGCGACCCCUACGCGCGCGCGCAGGCCCGGUUCUGGGCGGACUACGUGGACAAGAAGCUCUACGACUGCGGCACCCGGCUGUGGAAGCUCAAGGGGGACGGCCACGCGCAGGCGCGGACGGAGAUGGUCGAGAUCCUCCGCACGCUGGAGGGCGCCCUCGGGGAGGGACGCUUCUUCGGCGGGGAGGCUUUCGGCUUCGUCGACGUCGCGCUCGUGCCGUUCACGUCGUGGUUCCUCACCUACGAGCGGUUCGGGGACCUCAGCGUCGAGAAGGAGUGCCCCAAGCUGGCCGCGUGGGCCAAGCGCUGCGCCGAACGCCCAAGCGUCGCCAAGAACCUGUACCCGCCUGAGAAGGUCUACGAGUUCAUCUGCGGGUUGAAGAAGAGGUUCGGCAUCGAGUAG